GGGAGUGACCCCAGCAUCUGCAGUGACGCUGGGACCAGCACCGACACCGGCAUCGACACCGGCACUGACAGAGGCCCCGCGCCCCGGUGCUCGGGCGGCCCUGGUCGCCGCCGAUGACCCUGAACACGCAGCGCGGGAGCCACAGCCCGCUCCGCCGCAGGGCCAGCACCCCUGUGCCGCGGCCGGGGGUCUCCUGCCACCCGCAGCUGGAGCACCGCUCCUCCGAGCCGGGCGCCAGGGCCGCGGCCCCCCGCGGCAGUUGGUCCUCCGAGUCCUCGGGUUCCUCCGGCGCCUGGGAGCCGCUGUACCGCGUGGUGCUGCUGGGGGACCCCGGCGUGGGCAAGAGCAGCCUGGCCAGCCUCUUCGCCGGCGUCCAGGAGCGGGAUCUGCUGGAGCAGCACGGAGAGGCCGCCUAUGAGCGCACGCUGUGUGUAGACGGUGAGGAGACCACGCUGCUCGUGAUGGACACGUGGGAGCCGGAGCAGCGGGGCAAGGGGAGCCAGUGCCGCAGCCAGUGCCUGCAGGUCGGGAACGCCUAUGUCAUCGUCUACUCCAUCACGGACCGAGGCAGCUUCGAGAGCGCCUCGGAGCUGCGCAUCCAACUGCGCCGCGCUCGGCAGCCCGAGGACAUCCCCAUCAUCCUGGUGGGCAACAAAAGCGACCUGGUGCGGAGCCGCGAAGUCUCCAUUGAAGAGGGCCGUGCGUGCGCUGCCGUGUUCGACUGCAAGUUCAUCGAGACAUCGGCGGCUCUGCAGCACAACGUGGCCGAGCUCUUCGAGGGGGUGGUGCGGCAGCUCCGCCUGCGCCGAGGGGGCAAGGAGCCCCACACGCGCCCUGCGCAGCGGCACAGGCGCAAGGAGAGCCUCACCAAGAGAGCCCGGCGCUUCCUCGACAGGCUGGUGGCCAGGAACAGCAGCAAGGUGGCCCUCAAGUUCCGCUCCAAGUCCUGCCACGACCUGUCUGUGCUCUGAGAGCCGCCGGUGCCUGCCCAGCGCUCCGCACACCCAGGCUGGGACUGCCCUCUCCACCAGCAGCGUGGCCGGUGGCUCCGUGGAGAGCCCAGAUAGGACCAGAGCGAUGCUGGGGAUGUGGAGCUGGUUUAACCGGUGCUGAGGGAUGCUCUGGAUCCAGCCACGUCCCCUCCAGGAACAGAGACAAGUGGGGCCGGAUCCCCUGGGCUGCGCUCAUGGAGCAGAGGGUGGGAUCCUGGGUUACAGCUGCUCCUGGGCAGCGGAGGUGAGGGGUGGCCAUGCCCUGGGAGCGUGGCAGGUCCUGCUCGCGGUGCCCAUCCUUCACAGGACAGCAGGGAGGACACAGGACACGGUGAGGGCACCAUGGUGGUGGCAACAUCGAGGACAUCCUGGAGCCUGGCUGGGGAGAGGGACCAGGGGAGCCCCGGCAGCAUCGCCCGGGGCUCUGUCCCGCAUCCUCCUGGCACUGGUGGUUCUCAGAGCGAGGUUUUUCUGCUGUGUCUGUACUGGUGCAACGGGGAAAAACCUCGAUCUGCAGAAUAAACCACUCCGGCGGGGGGGGGUGGGGGGGGCUGGUCC